ACCACUCCACUUAAUUCCGAUAUGACUUUUUAUUAGAUGUCCAGUGAGCACUGACUCUCUCAAUCAUCCAAAACAAUAGUGCACUGCGCGCCCCUAUUUAUGCGAAAGCUGCGGGCGUCAGUUUUAAGUUUUAACUUCUCAAAAAUGGAGUAUUCCAAGCUGCUUUUGUACGCCGUAUCUUCCUAUCUCUCAAUCACUCUCGCCUUUUUCCGUCUCUUCAAAUCCGGUUUCAGUUCCUUACACCGGACUCCACUCACAGCCUACGUAGACUCUGUCUUGUCAAUCUAUUUCUGGUUCUGUGGUCUCUCUCCGCGCACCGUCGAUUUAGAUGACCAAACCACUCUCCAUUUCUGGACGGCCAAGCAUAGGCGGUUCGAUAAACCGGAUCUAGUCAUGGUUCACGGAUUCGGUGGUACUUCGCGGUUGCAGUUUUUCCCCCAAGUAGCUUCCCUGUCUAAGCAUUUCAACUUGUACGUACCAGAUCUGUUGUUCUUCGGCAAAUCUCAAACGACCCGGUCUGGCCGGACCGAUAAGUUUCAAGCCGAGUGUAUGAUCGAAGGUUUGAAGAAGUUAGGGCUGGACCGAUUCGCGGUGUACGGGAUUAGUUACGGAGGGUUCGUGGCGUAUCGGAUGGCGGAGGAGUAUCCGGAGAUGGUGGAGAAGGUUGUGUUAGUGAGUACCGGAAUUGGUUGUUCCGACGAACAGAGAGCGGAGGAGUUGAACAAAUUUGGGAGAAACGUAUUGGAUGUUCUGGUGCCGGAUAACAUUGAAGAUGCGCGUUUGUUGGUUAGAUACUCGACAUUCAAGUUUGAUCCUCUCAAGUGGGCUCCCAAUUUUUUUAUUCAAGGUUUUAUUGAUGGGAUAUAUAGGAAACAGAGGAAGGAGAAGUUAGAGCUACUGGAGGAAUUGCUGACCAAGAAAGCAGAUUCAAACCUUCCUGUUCUCUCUCAGGAAACACUGUUGAUAUGGGGUGAUAAGGACAGAGUCUUCCCAUUAUACAUGGCUUACCAGUUGCAGAGGUAUCUGGGAGAAAAGGCAAGAUUGGAGAUAAUAAAGGAUGCAGGGCAUGCUGUGAAUGUGGAAUCCUUUGUCACUCUGAAUAGUCUGAUUAAGUCAUUUGUUUCAGAGCCAAUAAAUACCAAACUUUGAGAAGGCAAAGUUGUGGAUUGUGAUAUUGACCUGCAACUGGGUUAGUAAACUUAGCAUAAUUAAGUAGCUGUACUUCUUCUGCAUAUGUCAAUGAAAUUGACAGCAACAAACUUCAAUCAGUUCUUCUGAUAUGGAUUUUCAGAUUAGUCUAAGUCAGACAUGUUGAGUUGUUUAUGGUUUUAGUUAGACAAAGCGUUAAGAUAAGGAUGCCGAUUAUGAUUAGGUUGUCGACAAGGACUUCCCUAAUUUUAUUUAAUGUAGAUGUAGAUAGCUUCUUCUAAUAUGAAGUAUAGCAUGCAUAAAUGUAGAUAUGUCAUGACAUAAUUUUUCUUGAACAUAUUUUUCUAAAAACAUCA